AUGCAGGCGGUGGUUUCUGAAGCAGAUUUACAGAAAGCUGCUUCUCCAAAAUCGGAGACAAAGGAUGUUGUUCCAAAAGGAAAAACAGUAACUUCAUCAUCAUCAUCUCAAGAUAUUCAGUUGCACACUGUGGUUCCAAGAGUCGAUAUACAGAAAGUUGCUUCUCCAAAACCGGAGACAAAGGAUGUUGUUCCAAAAAUAAAAGAAGUAUCAUCAUCUCCAGACAUUCAGUUUCAGUUGCAGGCGGGGGUUUCUGAAGCAGACAUACAAAAAACUGCUUCUCCAAAGCCGGAGACAAAAGAUGUUGUUCCAAAAAGAAAAGAAGUACCUUCACCAUCAUCAUCAUCUCUAGAUAUUCAGUUGCAGACUGUGGUUCCAAGAGUCGAUAUACAGAAAACUGCUUCUCCAAAACCGGUGACACAACCAAUACAAUCCAUAACCAGACCUGUGACUGUGAGAAAGCUGUUCGGGAAGCCUGAGAAAAAGGUUUGGAAACCAGUAUCUGCUAGAUUUUCUUCAUCAGGUCAACCAUCAUCAUCUGGAGAUAUUCAGUUGCAAAUUGUGGUUCCUAGAGCCCAUCUACAGAAGACUGCUUCUCCAAAACCUGCGGCACAACCAGUACAAUCCAUGUCAAGACCUGUGACUAUGAGUGUUCCUAUAACCCCUCGGAAGCAAGCUGCUCUUGUAGUAUCUGCUGUUCAAACCUCGACAUUGUCAUUUUCUCAUUCAAUGAGAUCAACAUUCCGUAUAGGUUCACCGCCACAUAACCAAACUUACAUUCCUCAGUCCUACCAACAUGCCAUAGUGAGUUCAUCUGGUAUCGGCAACUCAAGCUCUCAACCGACGGUAACAAGCCCAUUGCGGCCUUAUUCACAUCCGCCUCCUCUUGUAUCAGUAUCUAAUCAGUCCGCUUUACCUAUCAACUUUGGCUCUUUGGAUGAGGUUCUAUCUAGUGGGCUCUUGUGGACCUGUGGUUCUGGUUCAAACAAAGACACAACAACAACAACAACAACAACAGCCAUCAGUGGGAAUCAUGGAACGAACCCUUGCAACACACGCAUCAUCAAUGAUCAGUUUGGGAGAAGAGCACAAGCACAGAGUCUUGAUGAGUACCCUCACCUUGGUCUCAUCAACGAUCUACUUGAAGAAUAA